CAUCACUGCGCACCAGUGCUAAGCAACGACGUACUCCCUACUUUGUAAGUUGUAACUGCACGUAGCUAGCUGAUCGAACCAAAUCCAAAUGGCCCCAGGCAUGGCUGCUGCUGGUGUUGUGAACGGCCAGGAGACGAUGAUCCAAGCCGAUAACAAGAGCAGAACUGUGGUCGCCGCCGGUGAAGCCGUCGUCGUUACUUGCGACAAGUUUGCGCCCUCCGUGUGGGGAGACUUCUUCGUCACCUACAUCCCUCCUGCUACUAUCUCACAGAGAUCGGAGGAGUGGAUGAGGGAACGGGCGGAGCAGCUCAAGGGGAAACUACGGCAGGUGUUCGAGGCGAGCAAGGAGGCCAUGACCGUAGCCGACGCGCUAACAUAUGUGGACACGCUCGAACGCCUGGGCUUAGACAACCACUUCCCCGAGGAGAUUGGAGCGGCAUUAAGCCGCGUCCGGACGGAAUCUGACGACGGCUCGGCUGACAGCCUACACUUCGUCGCCCUUCGGUUCCGCCUGCUUCGGCAGCAUGGCUUCUGGGUAUCUGCAGAUGUAUUCGACAGAUUCAGAGACGACCAAGGCAGCUUCAGCAAGAGCCUCAGCAGUGACCCGAGGGGCCUGCUGAGCUUGUACAACGCGGCUCACAUGGCGGCGCCAGGCGAGGUGGCCCUCGACGACGCCAUCGCCUUCGCAAAGGGUCACCUGAUCGAGGCCAUCAAAGAAGGCAAGCUGGUUAGGUCCCCAAUAUUAGCCGAGCAGAUCUCCCGGGCCCUCGACAUUGCGCUCCCACGGUUCACUCGGCGGCUUGAGACCAUGCACUACAUUGGCGAGUAUGAGCAGGAGGCGGCGGCACACGACGACACGUUGCUCGAGCUUGCUAGGCUCAACUUUAAUCUCGUCAGAUCCCUUCACCUCAAGGAGCUCAAGGCACUCUGUUUAUGGUGGAGGGACCUAUACGACACCGUGAAGCUACCGUACGCUCGGGACCGGAUGGUGGAGAUCUACUUUUGGACCUGCGGGAUGCUCCAUGAGGAGGAGUACUCCACCGCGCGGAUGCUCUUCGCCAAGACGUUUGGAAUGGUGUCUCUUCUGGACGACACUUUUGAUGUCCAUGCCACUCUGGAGGAGUGCCACAAGCUCAAUCAAGCUAUGCAGAGGUGGGAAGAAAGUGAGGUUUCUAUUCUACCGGAGUAUCUUCACAUGUUGUACAUCAAAACGCUUAGCAACUUCAAGGAGUUCGAGGACGCUUUGGAACCUAGCCACAAGUACCGCAUGUCUUACGCCAAAAAAGCGUACAAGCUGUCAUCUGAAUAUUACCUCCGCGAGGCCAUCCUGUCGAGCGAGAGAUACCGGCCGAGCUUCAAGGAACACGAGGAGAUAUCCAUCAUGACGUCAGGCCUGCCGAUGCUUACCCUGGUGACUCUGAUGGGCUAUGGCGACGUGGCAACCCGAGAGGUGUUUGAGUGGGUAAGCCACGUUCCUGAAAUGGUCCGUGCUGGUUCCCAGGUCACCCGCUUCCUCAACGACAUCUCUUCCUACAGGCUGGGAAAGCACAAGAAGGAUAUGCCUAGCGCGGUGGAGUGCUACAUGAUGGAGGAGGGGUCGACAGGGGACGAGGCUGUGGAGGCGGUUGCGGCGCUCCUGGAGAACAGGUGGAGGGUGUUGAACCAGGUGAACAUGGAGAUCGACCGCACGCUCUCGCCGGCGGCGCAGGUGGUGGUGAACAUGGCGAGGACCAAUGAGAUCAUCUACCUCAAGGGCAGGGAUGCCUACACCUUCGGUGGCGAUCUCCAGGACCUCGUCACCACGCUAUUCCUUAAGCCGGUUCCCCUUUAGGAUGCGAUCGAUACUGUGUAGUAUGACUUAGAGCUACACAUUCACUGUCCAUGUAAUAAGCCUACUCAGCACCUAUGCAUAAUGGCAACAGCCUCAGCCUAGAUCGACAAAAUAAACAUACCUCGCCCAUGCUGGUACCCUAAAUAUGUUCAGAUCUAGAUGCAUUUGCAGUGCCAUUUAUUUCAUCUCUUGUAUUUGUAAGCAACGCAUGUAAUAAGUCGUAUAACCGUAAUGUAUCGUUUUGCCGAUUUUGAACUUUGCUCGCA